ACUACAAAAGGAACUGGAGUAGUAUGUUGUUUUUGUGAGUCUCCAAAAAGUGAACGUCUCUCAUUGUUUACGCGACUUUUACUUUGUUUCUUUGACAGAGAUUAUUUGUUUUAGUUUGUAAACAGAGAUCGUUGAUUGCUAACAACACCGCUGCGCCAACUGAGAUGAUUUGCUCUGCAAGCUGUUAGAUCACAGGGUUUGUGUUUUCAUCUAAUGUAUUGGUGACCCUCAACACCAUGAAGUCUGAUAUUUCUUACAAAAAGAUGAUUGAUGUGGAGCCAAGCAGAGAAGAAGUACAAUAUAGCUCACAAAAGUAUUACAGAUGCCUGAUCAUCCUUACCUGUGUAACCACAGUGUUGCUGAUACUUCUGUCACUCCAAACGCUGCUUCUUCCUGUGUCAACAUCCUCCUCAAAAUCACAUGGACAGUGGGAGCAUCUUCUCAUCAGAGAAACAUGUACUGAUCCCUGCAGGAUCGUUUUAGUGGAGAGUAUUCCCGAGGGACUUGCUUUUAACUCUUCGACCGCUCACCAGUCCAUAUAUGAAGCUUGGCUCAAUCUUAUAUCCGUUGCUGAAAGCAGUCUGGAUGUCGCCUCCUUCUACUGGACUCUUACCAAUAAUGAUACCAAAACGGAUGAACCCACAGCCAGUCAGGGCGAGCAGAUUUUAGAGGAAUUAGGGCGGCUCUCUGGGAAAGUGUCUGUUCGAGUUGCGGUCGAUACGCCAACAAAAGGGAAACCACUGGAUGACAUUCAGUUCCUUGUGAAUUCCGGUGCUGACGUGCGGAUGGUGAAUAUGCGAGAGCUGACGACAGGUGUACUGCACACCAAAUUCUGGAUUGUGGAUAAAAAGCACAUUUACAUAGGCAGUGCCAAUAUGGACUGGAGAUCACUAACGCAAGUGAAAGAGUUGGGUGCGGUUGUGUACGACUGCGGGUGUCUCGCUGAAGACCUCGGAAAGAUUUUCGAAGCCUAUUGGUACCUAAGUCAGACCAAGACGAUUCCUGCCCCAUGGCCAAGCGAGUACUCGACUCUGUACAAUAAGGACUCUCCAAUGCAGAUCUCCCUCAAUGGGAGUGACUCCAGUGUUUAUCUAUCAAGUUCUCCUCCUUCAUUAUGUGCUGAAGGCAGAACUCCAGACCUGCAGUCUAUCCUCAGUGUCAUCAGUGAUGCUCAAAAGUUUGUCUAUAUAGCUGUCAUGAACUAUCUUCCCAUUAUGGAGUACUCCAAAUCCAAAGGGUACUGGGCAGAUAUUGACACUCAGCUGCGACAAGUGGCUUAUGAGCAUAAUGUUCGAGUGCGUUUGCUGAUCAGUUGCUGGAACAGCACCAGUUCCAUCAUGUUGUCUUUCCUCCGCUCACUCGCUUCCUUACGAGACAACAACAAGCUGGAUGUUCAAGUGAAAAUUUUUAUUGUGCCUUCCAAUCCUCGGCAGGAAGAAAUUCCAUUUGCCAGAGUCAACCAUAACAAGUACAUGGUCACGGACAGGGUUGCUUAUAUAGGUACCUCUAAUUGGUCCGGGGACUACUUUGUAAACACAGCUGGUUCUGCAUUAGUAGUUAACCAAACUUCAGCCAAAUCUGGAAGCCCUACAGUCCAGGAGCAGCUACAGGCAGUAUUUGAAAGGGACUGGGAUUCAUCAUACAGCAAGGAGAUCAACCAUAACACCAAUCACGAAGAUGUUUGCUAGACAAGACUUUUUGCUCUGUGCUUUGCACUGCAGGGGGCGCCGUAGAGUGCUGUGCUCUAUUUUGGGGGGUCUGAAAUGCACCUGGCCAUCAGUUAAAUAUUUCUCUUCACGAAAGUUAAAAGUAUAUUAAACGGAUGUUUUUAAUGAUUUUGUACUCAUCCGCACAAAGGAAUUCACACUAACACUUCAUAACUGAAGCAUUUUAAUACAUUUGCAUAAAAUUUGCACAUAACGUCUUUUAACAGACAAGCAAUACCUCUUUACAGAGAUACUUUCCUAUUGAUUCAUGUUUUCAAAAACAUGUUAAGUAUUGUAACCCUCAUAUAAUAAAAUGUUAAAAAUGUUUGAUUCAC